AUGUGGUGGAGGCUGCAAAAGGGUCUACUCACGUUCCGGUCGAUGACUGAAGUCAAAGUCCUCAUCGCUGGCGCAAGCAUCGCCGGCCUCGCUUCGGCCAUUGCUCUCGGUCAACUCGACAAGCCGAACCUCAAAUUCAACAUCCAAUUGUACGACAAGGCGACCGGGCUACGAGAAAUUGGCGCCAGUAUAGCCUUGAGUCCAAAUGGCCUGCGCACCCUGGAAAGGCUGGGCGUACACAGUGCUCUCGACCACGACGUUGCAUUCCGCGGGCCCAGUGCGCUGCACAUGAUCUAUCGGCACUGGAAGACCAACGACAUCGUGAGCGUGGACCAGUUCGUCAAUGUGCCUGACACGAAACACCAAACAGCGCGCUUCCACCGGGCGCACUUGCAUCAAGCGCUCCUCGCCCACGUGCCGAGUGAGAACAUCCAUCUUCACAAGGCUGUCAAGCACGGAGAAACGUUCAAACCGGAGCAUACACUGCACUACACGGGCCGGACAUGGAUCCGGUCAACCUUCGAUGCGUCGCUGGUCGAAAACAUGCCGGAUUUCCCUGCGGAUUCGACGCACUGGAGGGGUCCGAGGUACACGUUCUUUGCGUCGCGGCUCGGACGAAACAUGUACUCGACGGUCGGCAACUAUGACCCCAAGGACUUUCCUGCAGAGGGGGAGAACUUCCACUGGGACCAGGAAGGAGACGUGUCAUUCUUCAGAGAGCUGUACAAGGAUUGGAAUCCCGUGGUCAAAGCCCUUGCGGACGCAACGCCCCAUGUCCGCAUGUAUUCCAACUUCGCAGGCGAGCCGCUGGAUUCGUGGGUAUUCGGUUCUCGUGUGACUUCGGUCGGUGACGCGGCGCAUACGCAUGGCGGAGCGCAUGCUGCGGGUGGCUCGCUUGCUCUGGAUGACUCUUGGGCCUUGUAUCUCUUGGUCAAGCAUGUCCUGGCCAGUCUUGGACCUGGUCAAAUGCCGUCCGUGGCGGAUAUUCAGCUCGCGCUGACACUAUAUGAGAAGACCAGGCGGCCUCAUACGGAGCAGCUGGUCAGGAGUGUGCUUGCUGGGGUGGGAGCUGCAGCCCCAACAACGGAUGCAGAGUUGAGGGAGAGAAUGGAAAACAGACCGAGCAUGACUUGGCUCACGGAACACGAUGUUGAAGCUACACUUGCAAAAGUGCUGCAUGAUCAAGACCUCAUACCCUGCGACCGAGAGCACCAUAGCGUUCCUAGCCCGAGUCCACUCCCGCGAGAGCUUCGACUAUGA